AUGAACAUCCCUAAUAUUAGCACCGGAAUUUCACCACCUCCCUCUAAAGGCCUUUCGAACGCCGGAACCAUUUCCAAUACUAACCACAGCUUGCAGGAUCAGUUGUUACCAUACCCAGAAUUGGAUUCUGCGUCUGGUCACCAUAAUCAUUCUUUGCAGUCGCAUCUUUCAACACCGCAGCCAGACGACAGGUUGAAGCUUCAAGGCUUAGGAAAUCACUUGUCGCAUUUGCCACUGCAGCAUUCUCUCCACCACCAACACCAGGACGUUUCAAUACCCUCGGAUUUAUACGCUCAGGUCUUACAACCCCAGCUGCACAACGGUCAACAAUACACACAGCAGCACAAUCAGUACCAGCAGCUGUCUCAAGCACAACAAGCACAACAACAGCAAUCACAACCACAGCUUCAACAACUCGACCAACAACAACAGCAGCAGCUACAGCAACAACAGCAACAUCAACAGCAGCUACAACAGUUUCAGCUUCAACAACAACAACAGCAACAACAACAGCAGCAACAGCAACAGCAGCAGCAAUCACAACAAGAUUACCACCUCCAUCCUCAACAACAUCAAACCCAACACCAAGCUCAAUCUCAGCAACACCCUCAGCACCAGCAACAAUAUUCAGACGUGAUGUUCAACUCAUUUUUGACGCAAAUAGGGCAGAGGUCGAUGAACAAUGUUCUGAACACGUUUCAGCCUGCCGCGCACGGCAUACCAGCGGCCAUGGGCGCUGCUAUCAAUCAACCUGCACAAAGGUACUUCCAUGCUGCCAUGAACACUCCUUCAAUGCUGGACUUGAGCCACCCUACCAUGGUCCAGCCUACCCCUCAUUUCCAGCUUCAGGUUCCACCUCCUGCUGCCAAGAAGAUGUCGGCCAGUCAAAGUAGAAUUGAGAAAAGGAAGCUACUAAAGAAGCAAGGACCCAAAAGGCCCUCUUCUGCAUAUUUCUUAUUCUCCAUGGCCGCUAGAGAGGAUCUCGUAAGACAGUACCCAGAUGCCAAAGUACCUGAGCUAUCCAAGCUAGCAUCCGCUAAGUGGAAAGAGAUGACAGACGAGGAUAAGAGGCCGUACCAUGACAAGUUUAAGGUGAACUGGGAAAAGUAUAGAGUCGCGAGAAAGGAAUACGAAUCAAACCUCCCUCCAAAGCGUCCAUCUGGUCCUUUCAUUCAGUUCACACAGGAGGUUCGUCCCAAGAUAAUCAGCGAAAAUCCGGACAAAGAUCUUAUUGAAAUCACCAAAUUGAUAGGUGAAAAGUGGCGCUCGUUGUCUCAGACCGACAAACAGGCGUAUACAGAAACUUACAAAAGAAAACUUAAGGAGUGGGAAGAGCAGUACCCAGAGGAAAACACAGUCGUUGUUCCUCCUAAAAUCGAGUCUUGA